AUGGAUGAAAAUAUAAAUAAGAACGAAACCUUACAGUCGAUUGCAGAAAAUUUGACUUCAGUGAACAGGCCAUUUUGCUUUAACCACCUUUAUACUGGACAACAGAGAGUGACAGUGAGCUCAUCGUUGGACAUAUCACGUUGCAUUUCCAGAAUUUGCUUGGCCGAAUCCAUGGCAGAAGGAGCUGCACCAUUUCAUCUCAAUCUACUUCAGCGUGGCAAUAUCUCCCAAAGAAGAAGGUAUUUCCUUCAGUUGUGGGCAAUGCACCACCACAAGUUGCUCAAGCAAGGGAAGGUGACUUCAACAUCCAAAGACUCUAACUUCAAGAAUUUCAGCUGUGGGAAUUCAUCAUCUGCCAUGUUCCAUUGCUGCCCUUCAAAUGAUCUGUACAGUAGUUUUAGAACCUCAAGAUUCGGUAAUUGCCGCCCGAUGACUAAGCAGUAG